CUGACAAUUUGGCAACACGAGUUUUUAUUUUUCGUUGGUGAGGGUAAGAUAUUUUGUAAGAAUGGGCAAUCAAUAUAUUUCAUAAGAGAGAAUCAACGCACACAUAAUAUCCUCUUGAUGUAAAAAGUUUUGUUUACAAUAUAUUAUGUCCUUUAAAAAUUAAUGCAUGCGCAUGAUUAACUUCUACGACAGAUCUGUACUAUCGCAGUAAUUAUUGUAGACGACACUGUCUCCGUCGCGAUUGAGGCCCGCGAACGGGUCCAAAAUAAAACCACUCCACUCUCUUCUUCCGUCACGUUUUCACGGAAUGUCGAUGAAGCUAUGAGUCGUACGCGUGACUUUACACCCUACCAAACUGAACGGGACUCCGAAUGUGUGCGCUGCAGACCACGCAAAUAAACACGCGCGAAUUUAUAGAACCGGGAAAGAGCACGUACGUGGCGUGGGUCACUCCUUUUUUACCGAACCUGAUGGUUGCGCCCACCGUCGAAUAGUCACCGAGCGAUGCUCCGCUGAUGCUGAGCGUGUAACCGCGUGGAAUUUUCUCGCUCGCGGUGUUACCGCGUCCUCAUUUCCGUAAAUCUCCGUAAAUCUGCGCGCGGGUACACGCAAACAUUUUCCCAACGAGUAAUCAAAUUGACGGAUGCACGGUUGCAUUUUAUCUACGACGUGACGCUUACCGUUAAUUUAUCGAUGCCGAAUACGCUACGUUCGACCGCUGUCUGAAGACUCCCGCUCGGCGGGAGUUCCUCUCGUAACGGGAGAGGUCCUGUUUUCCGCAGAUUUUGCGCAGACAUUGCGCGAGAUGAAAAAAUGCCGAGACGACAAGUGGAACGAUCGGGUGACGCUAAACGUCGGUGGUGUUCGACACGAGACGUACAAGGCGACCCUGAGGAAAAUCCCGGCGACGAGGUUGUCGCGGUUAACGGAAGCCUUGGUGAACUACGACCCGAUUUUGAACGAAUACUUCUACGACAGGCAUCCGGGCGUAUUCGCGCAGGUGCUCAAUUAUUAUCGCACCGGGAAGCUGCACUAUCCCGCGGACGUGUGCGGUCCGCUCUUCGAGCAGGAACUGGAGUUUUGGGGAUUGGACUCGAAUCAGGUAGAGCCGUGCUGUUGGAGCACCUACAGCGUUCACCGAGACACGCAAGCCACCUUGGCAAUUCUCGAUAAGCUCGAGGGCGUUGAGGGCGAGAAGCUGAGCGACGCGGAAAUCGCGCGGGCGUUCGGCUUCGAAGAGGAGUACCACAACGGCACCUUGACGAGAUGGCAAAGGUUACGAUCUCGCGUCUGGAUCCUCUUCGACGAGCCAUACGCAUCAUUGACGGCCAAGAGCAUAGCUUGCGUGUCGGUGCUCUUCACCUGCUUGUCGGUUCUCUGCUUCUGCGUGAAGAGUUACGCGCCGGCGGAGUCGUCGCCGGGGGAUUCGAAGGAGGACCGCUCGAACGAUUCCGAUCCUCAUCGAGCGUUCUUCUACUUGGAGCACGCCUGCAACGCUUGGUUCACCGUGGAGAUUGUGCUCCGCUGUCUCGUCAGCCCUAGCCUGAAGCGUUUCGCCAUGUCGCCGGUGAACGUGAUCGAUCUCGUGGCGACGAUGAGCUUCUACACGGAAUUCUCGGCGGAGCCGAGCCUCUAUCUGGACCUCCUAUCGAUAGCGCGCGUUCUACGGUUAUUCAAACUGACGAGGCACUCACCCGGACUUAGAAUCCUCAUUCACACGUUCAAGGCGUCCGCGAGAGAGCUGGCCUUGUUGGUCUUCUUCCUCGUGCUGGGGAUCGUGCUCUUCGCCAGCCUCAUAUUUUAUGCAGAGCGUCUGCAGGAGAAUCCUGACAACGAUUUUGACAGCAUACCGCGAGGCCUCUGGUGGGCCUUGGUCACGAUGACCACUGUGGGCUACGGCGAUAUGACACCGAAAACUUUUCCAGGCAUGUUCAUCGGCGGACUGUGCGCUCUUGCCGGUGUCCUUACUAUCGCUCUUCCGGUCCCGGUCAUUGUCAGCAACUUCUCCAUGUUCUACUCGCACACGCAGGCGCGCAGCAAACUGCCGAAACAGAGAAGGAGAAUUCUACCUGUCACUCGACCGAGACGACCGAGACCGUCGUCGCAUCGGCAUCACAUCGACAUCGACUGCGAAGACCGUCGAUUUCUAACGAGUCUGGCUUCCAAGUCGAUGUACUCGACCGAGCUAAGUAAUAUUGUGUAACAAAAUUCCCGGGAUCGACGUGUCGGUAAUAAAAUUUAUCGUACCUUUGAAUCCCAUCUCUUCGAACAUAAUGGGGAAGAGGCUCUCCGCCUUUGCCGGAAAGAAGAAAAAAGUCUAUAUA